AUGUCCGAAAAGAUCAAAGAGGCAGUCCUCGCCGAGGCCAAAAACACCCAAGCCGUUGCUUAUGAUGUGAUCACGUCUGGCGCAUACUUGUACCCAUUCAAGGGAAUUGUCUACUUUGCCACCCACAAAGACCUCUGGCGUCCCUUUAUCUCUCGUGCCGGUCGAACCAUUACGUUAGGGCUGGGCGUGACGACCAUCAUGUUCUUCUUCACUUAUGUGCCACAGAUGGCCAUCAUGGCCUUCACCAGUGGCCCAUUGGCUGCUAUUUCCGCCGCAAUUCUCGUUCUUGGCGAAAGUUCUACCAUCACAAAUGUCCUCUCACGCUCAUUCUUCGUCGAGGAUGCCCUGAUUGACACUUUCGAUGGCACCCUGGUCGCGCGUGACCAAGAGCCACUUGUAUCACAAGGCCGCCAGAUCAAACCCCGAUCGGGAGGAAAAGAUGCGAUGGCUAGACUGGGUAAGAUUGUCACUCGGCCUCUCGCGAAGCUGAAUCCAAAGGCACUGCUGCGAUCGUUGCUUUAUCUCCCUCUGAACCUCAUUCCUGUGGUCGGGACGGUGCUGUAUAUCUUUAUGCAAGGGAAAAGAACAGGACCAGUUCUUCAUGCAAGAUAUUUCCAGCUCAAAGGCUGGGACUCUACGACGCGCGACCAGUGGGUGAAGGACAACCAGGGCGCGUACACUGGACUUGGAAUCGCAGCGUUUGUCUUGGAAAUGGUACCAUUUGCUUCGAUUGCGUUUUCCUUUACGAACACUGUUGGCGCGGCUCUCUGGGCUGCGGAUUUGGAGAAGGCAAACAAGUAG